AUGCUCUCCAGCGUGUGGCAAUGCGUGCUAUUGAUAGCAGCAAUCAAUCUGCCCGGCCUUGCUUCUGCACGCGCUUUCUCUAUUCCGGAAGAAUUACAGCACAACGCCGCGUUCUGGGCGUCAGACGACCUUAUACCGAUGCGCCGAAGAGCAGACGACACUUGCGGAGCUGGUCUCGACAGUUGCGGUGCUUCCUUUCCCUCCGGUUUCUGCUGCYCCACAGGCACGAAUUGUCUAUCUUUAAACACGACUUCCACUAUCACCGCGGCGCUUUGCUGUCCUGCCGGCCAGGACUGCCAAACUAUUAAUCCCGUCAACUGCGACCAGGAACUUCAAGAUGCCUCAAGCAAUCCUGGGAGCCAGCUGCAUUCAAACCCUACGGCAAAGCUUGAGACGUGCGGGAAGGCCUGCUGUCCGAUGGGCUACACUUGCAACGGCGCGAAUGUAUGCGUUGCGCAGACUGCAACGGACGCCGCUUCAAGCAAGCCUUCUCCAUCGACUGUUGCGGCGACUUCUUCUUCUUCUUCCCCAACCACAUCAGCGACUCCCGGUGCGACUGAAGCGGCAAACGCGAAAGAGACAUCCUCCGAAAAAGAUCCAUCAGACUCCUUCUCUGGAAAGUCUUUCGCCGCUGGCUUCAUCCCGGGCAUAGCCCUGGGCGCUCUCCUAGCCGCUUGCAUCAUUUUCGCCUGUGUACGAAGGCAGCGGCGCAGGGACUCUUCGUAUGUCAAUCAGGAGAAGCUACGCUCACCAGGACGCGACACCCUCACUGACCUUGGGCCAUUCACCACCCGCCGGCCCACAGUACACGGGCGUUCAAUCUCUGAGCCAACCGUGGAUAUGACAAUGGGCCAUCGAACAGAAUUUCUGAAUUCAUCACCACCAUACCACCCGAAUAACGGAUCUCCGCACAGCUACACUGCAACCCCACAAAUGCACAAACCACCACCAAGAAAACACUGGCUCUCCCACUCUCCCUUUGUGAAUCAAGUCAAAUCACCCUUGCCAACUCAGUCGCCCAUCCCAUCACACAUGAAACGCGGCACUCUCUCCUUCCACAUCAGUCCAGUCCGCGCUUUGAAGAAGCAAAGAAGCAUGCACUCCCUCCGUCGCCACAUGACAAGCGCAGCCUCUCGAAGCAGCUCCUCCCGUCAGAAUGGAACGAGUCGAACAGACAGCACCGAAACCAUCAAGAUUCUCAUGGCUACUCCCCAGCAAGCCUCAUCCAGCACAUCAACCUCAACACGUCCCACUCUACCUCCGCUUCCUACAGUCGCAUCCUGGCAAACAGCCGUAGAAAGCACAAACAAUACCCCAAUCGACGGAGAACCCACGAUGCAGUUUCCCCACAGCAAUAACUACCGCGAUACGCAGACUCCCACGCGUGCUGGUAGGAACAGCGCUGUGCCGCAUAUUGGUGCGACUCUAAACAGUCCUUAUACACCGAGUAAUUAUGCCAAUACUAGCAAUCAUUUGGCGGUGAGGGAUGAGAGCAGGAUGAAGCUCGAUAGUCUCUGGCCUCCUCCAACGUCUCAGAAUAGAGAAUCGGCGUGGCGGCAGACAACUUUUACUGGGAUGAUGGAAAAGGCUGGAUUGAGGAAGAGCCAGUUGUUGAUGGGUCCUGAUCCGAGGGAUUGGAAUAAGUAG